ACUGGACCCUACCCCCGCUCUCAAUCGACCCCGCUGGGAAACCCCGGCUUCAACAACCACGACCAGGGAGGAAUGCGACCUCAAAGCCCUCGAUUUUAUACCGAGAUGGGAGGCGAAAAAAAUCGCCAUUUUCAAAGUAGCGCCAAGGCCUAGCCUACAUUUCUUUUUCAACAUCAAUCGCAGCACCAAUAUUUCAACCGUUUGCCGGCUCAUUUCCCUCACAAGGCAGUGAUAGCCUAUGUUGAUAGGUGACGCAUAUCACUCGCGAAGGGCAUGCACUGCCAGAUCGGCACCGACAAGGCCGGGCGGCUCGGCCAUCGGUGGGCCUGCCGAUUCGCGUCAUUGUGGGCUGGGAUGCUCUAAAAUGGCAAUCCAUGCAUGCCAUGGGAUACAUACCCAGGUACCACUUCAAAAGACAGCGGACUGAACCUUGGCAACUUGGUUACCCUAGCACCGGGCCUGUUGGGUCGGUUGGCUUUCCCCACCAGAAAAACGCCCGCGUCCAGCCAAGCAGCGGCAACAGAGGCGUGGGGCGAGCACGUCAUCGCGGCUACAAAGCAUCCCAUAGCCACCACGUUUAGCGAUUUUCUCGUUUGCCGGGCCAUCAUUUGGACAAUCCCCAUGGAUCCCAAAAGUGGCGCAACCCGGCACCAGCCAAGCCGUCCGACAUGUCGAACUUUAUUGCAGCCCCCUAUCUUUUAUUUUUUAUUUUGUUUGGGAGAAUUCCUCGGACGGGAGUCCCAAGUGCCAGAGCAUACAUAUAUAUACCCGCCACCCCCCACCCCCCAAGACGACGCCGCCCCUUGUGGUAGUUUCCAUCAAUCCACACAGCUUACUGUCGCCAUGGCCAACACACCCCACGGCGGCGUGCUCAAGGACCUGCUGGCCCGGGAUGCUCCGCGGCACGCUCAGCUCUCCGAGGAGGCCGAGAAGCUGCCCGCCCUCCCCCUCACGGAGCGUCAGCUCUGUGAUCUAGAGCUGCUCCUCACCGGUGGCUUUUCACCGCUCGAGGGCUUCAUGAACGAGAAGGACUACAGCGGAGUCGUCAAGGAGAACCGCCUCGCCAGUGGCGCCCUUUUCAGCAUGCCCAUCACUCUCGACUUGGCAAACGAGACAAUCGACGAGUUGAAGAUCAAAGCCGGCGCUCGUAUCACUCUGCGCGACUUCCGUGACGACCGCAAUCUGGCCAUUCUGACAGUUGAGGAUGUGUACCAGCCAGACAAGCAGCUUGAGGCGAACGAGGUGUUUGGGGGUGACCCGGAACACCCGGCCGUCAGCUACUUGUUCAACACAGCCAACGAGUUUUACGUGGGCGGUACACUCGAAGCCGUGAAUCGUCUGCAGCACUACGACUUUGUAGAUCUGAGAUACACCCCCGCGGAGCUUCGCACCCACUUUGAUAAGCUUGGCUGGAGCAGGGUCGUGGCCUUCCAGACGCGCAACCCGAUGCAUCGCGCACACCGUGAGCUGACGGUGCGGGCGGCGCGCUCGCACCACGCAAACGUGCUCAUCCAUCCCGUUGUCGGACUGACCAAGCCUGGCGACAUUGACCACUUUACGCGCGUGCGUGUGUACAAGGCGCUGCUGCCCCGCUACCCCAACGGGAUGGCGGUGCUGGGCCUGCUGCCGCUGGCGAUGCGCAUGGGAGGCCCGCGCGAGGCCAUCUGGCACGCCAUCAUCCGCAAGAACCACGGCGCGACGCACUUUAUCGUGGGCCGUGACCACGCCGGGCCGGGCAAGAACAGUAAAGGUGUCGACUUUUACGGCCCCUAUGACGCGCAGCACGCUGUCGAAAAGUACAGGGACGAGCUGGGCAUCGAGGUGGUGCCGUUCCAGAUGAUGACGUACCUGCCCGACAGCGACGAGUACAAGCCCGUCGACACCAUCGAAAAGGGGGUGCGGACCCUCAACAUCUCGGGGACGGAGCUUCGGGCGCGCCUGCGCGGUGGCAGCGACAUCCCCGAGUGGUUCUCGUACCCCGAGGUAGUCAAAGUGCUCAGGGAGUCGCACCCGCCGCGGUCGGCCCAGGGCUUCACCGUCUUCCUGACGGGCUAUCAGAACAGCGGCAAGGACUCCAUCGCCAGGGCGCUGCAGGUCACGCUCAACCAGCAGGGAGGGCGCUCCGUGUCCAUGCUGCUGGGCGAGACGGUGCGGAGCGAGCUUUCGUCGGAGCUGGGCUUCAGCCGCGAGGACCGGACCAAGAACAUUGGCCGCAUCGCCUUUGUGGCAUCGGAGCUGACGCGGGCGGGUGCCGCAGUCAUCGCGGCGCCCAUCGCGCCGUUUGAGGACUCGAGGCAGCACGCGCGCGAGCUGGUGCAAAAGUACGGCGACUUCUACCUCGUGCACGUGGCGACGCCUCUCGAGUACUGCGAGCGCACCGACAAGCGCGGCAUCUACGAGAAGGCGCGCGCCGGCGAGAUCAAGGGCUUCACCGGCGUCGACGACCCGUACGAGGUGCCCGCCAGGCCGGACCUGACUGUCGAUCUGGAGAAGCAGUCGGUCCGCUCCAUCGUGCACCAGAUUGUGCUACUGCUGGAGAGUCAGGGGCUGCUGGAUAGGCUGUGAGCAAGAUGAGAGUCGAGGUGUAGAUGACGGUGUGGUGUAGACCAAGAUCCUACCUGAUUGGCGCCUUGUGCGCCACGAGGCCCAACCUUACGUUGGGUAGAAAUGAGCCGACAAACGGUUGAAAUAUUGGUGCUGCGAUUGAUGUUGAAAAAGAAAUUCGCCUCCUAUCUCCGUAUAAAAUCGACCCUCAGUUCCUGGCCC